GAAGGCCAUCACAGUUACAGCACGUUUGCAUUUCUUUGGACUUCAUUUCUUUAAAUAUUGUUAAAGCAGCCUGCGUUAUUUCGCAAAAGUGAUACUAUAAGACCUCCAUUUAGACAUAUAACCCACUGACAGUCAUGCAGGAGGCUGAGACUUCAGAGGAGCUGCUCAUAAAACAACACCGCAAAGAGAAAAAAGACCUGCAGGGUAAAAUCCAAAGUAUGAAAAAUGCAGUCCCCAAAAAUGACAAGAAGAGAAGGAAACAGUUGACGGAGGAGAUCACGAAACUGGAGGCUGACCUCAGUGAGAGACACGAGGAGGAACUCAGGCAGCUCAAAUCUACAAGUGACAUUAAGGUGGAGGAGGAGGUGGUAAACGGGGUGGAGACCUUGAAUGUCGAAAGUGAAGAACAAGAAGAGGUCAAACAGCCUCGAGUAACUAAAGCACAGAAGAGAAGGGACAAGAAAGCUGAGCAAGAGAAAGAGAGGGACAAAAGGAUUGCAGAGGCCGAGGUCCUGAACCUGCAGGGCAUGAGGCACCAGGAGAGCCUGAAGCUGACCCAGAAGCUGGCCCUGCGAAAGCUGCAGAUCAAGGAGAUUUCCUCUGAUGGCCACUGCAUGUACCGAGCCAUUGAAGAUCAGCUGCUGCAGCGAUCACAGCCUGGGUUAACUAUGAGCGUCAAGGAGCUGCGAUCCCGCACUGCUGAGCACAUGAGAAGCAACACUGACGACUUCCUGCCUUUCCUCACCAACGCCACCAGCGGUGACACGUUCACAACAAAUGAGUUUGAGAAAUACUGCAGUGACGUGGAGCACACGGCGGCCUGGGGCGGGCAGCUGGAGCUCCGGGCUUUGAAUCACAUUCUUCAUUUGCCGAUAGAAGUAAUCCAGGCCGACUCUCCAGAAAUGAAAAUUGGGGAGGAAUAUGUAGGCGAAGCCAUCAUGCUUGUGUACAUGCGUCACGCCUACGGUCUGGGAGAGCACUACAACAGCGUGGAGCAGCUAAAGAGUCCGGCCAGCGGUGAGGACAGCUGAGAGACGGGCCGGUCUACAUGUGGCAUAAACCAGCGUGCGUGUUGCAGUGUUCAAACCAAUCAUACAAAGGAGUAGGACUUUUGCGUACCAGUUUGUCUGGAGGAUGAUUUCAUCUUGGAGACACGGUGGAGCUCAACCUUUCCAGUUACAUUUCAGAUCUGUUUUGAAGUCAGACGAUCUGAUCAGAGAGCUUAAGAUGUAACUGUAAGAUCAUCCUCAUAAAAAAAAAGCAUAUUAAGGAAAUGGAUGUAUUGUUUUGCAUUUGAGUGUUUAGAUCCUGAAUUUUACAACUGAAGAUUGUGAAAAUAUAAACGAGCGGUUGAUCAUCGGUGUGUGGUCGUUUAACUUUUACAGCACUCAUAAGAAUCUGAGCUCUUUAUCUUGUAAAUCACAUUAAUAUCACAGAAAUGAAUGAAAUGUGGACGAGUAGCUUUAAAUAAUUGUUUGUCUGUUGGGAUGUUAACUCAUAGAAAUGAAACGCAUGUUUUAAACUGAACACUCUUCCAGAACUGAGAUGUGACAUGAAGGAGAACUGCUGCAGAGAAGUUUAGUAAUACUCCAAGUUAAAAAAAAAAAAAAAAAACUGUUUGUUGCUUUCAAUCACAACUAUGAAAUAUUAUAACUCGGCUGCUUUUAAGUGUCAUAUUUAAACACUUAUCUGUGUGACGUGCUUUGAGGGGUUGAACGGGUUGUUACCUUGUGGUGCUACCAAACGUGAAAUACAUUUUAUAAUAAAUACAAUAUAUUAUAAUAUGUUCAGCAAAAUAUUUGAACAUUGUUGCUUUGCAGGCUGAGUUGUAUUUAUCAAUCCAUCCUCUUUUCUCUUAAUGAUAAUAGAAAUGCAAAGAAGGAUGAAAUAAGCACGAAUGAAUACAUCUAGAGCAGCAUAAACAUGUCUAAAUAAUCGCACAGCGUCUUUGCUCAUAAAAACGGUUUCUCGAAAGCUCUGUUACUUAAUGGCUUUUAGAUCUUAUAAUUUAUUUUUACAUGUUCCACCAAGCUGACCAUUAAAAUAUAUGGAUAUUACAGCUGAUAUGUUGGCUUUAUCUCCUUUAUUCAAACUUUACUUAGCAUAG